AUGAAACACAUUAAGAGAUUUAAGUCAUAAGCAUGCCUUUUGUAUUAUUUGGACACUUAACGCAAACCGCAGCUUAGCCAGGAUUACCGUUUUAAGGUGGAACUGCUGGAGUCUAAAUAUAAUAAUCAGCUUAACAUUAAUUGCAAUCACUAAUAUCUUGAGGUGAUGAAGGUGUAUUAGAUUGAACUGCAGAGUUAUUAGGGCAUAAUAAGCAUACUGCACCUGUAGAUGAUGUUGCUGCCUAAGACAAAUAGUAUGAAGGAGAGGUACAAUAUUUGCAGUCUGAUAUAGAGUUGGAUACUUAAAUAGUAGAACUAUUAGUUGGGCAUUUUACACAACUAGCAGAGAUAGAAUAAAAUCCGCCAAGGCAUAUGCAAUUUCCACUAUUUAAUUAGUCAGGUUUAGUCGAAUAGUGGCAGUACUAAAAGGAGACUUAGAAUAGCACAAAAAGAACAAGGCAAAUGUUAACUUUUUUCAUUUAAUUUAAAUUUUUGUAUGCUUUGA